AUGGACUUGUCGCCUGUGCAUCCUGGACCAGUCGAGGAUCAGAUAUUAGUGUUACAGGGAGACUAUAUGUCCUCUUAUGUAUGGGAGGGACAUCUAUUAGAUCAGACUCUCAGCGCCAGGAGACCGAACGAUUUGUGGGACUUCUUGAGGCAGAGACAUUUCCAUCCCCGCGUAGUCGAGCGCCUAGAGGCUACGGGCUUCCUUACGAUUUUUCGGAUUGGGCGGAUGCAGUUUGUUUGGUCUCUUAUCAUGCCGUUGAUAGAGCGGUGGCGACCGGAGAUGCACACUUUUCACCUGCUCACUAGAGAGGCCACCAUCACGCUUGAGGAUGUUGAGGUUUUGUAUGGGAUGCAUGUAGAUGGACUGUAUACUGGUUACAGACCACAGGGUGAGGCUAUACUUAGAGGGGGCAGUCGCGUUUCUAUGACAGCUAUCAGAGAGCAUAUGGAGUUAGAUGAGUUACCCCGGUACAGCUGGGGUGAUGCUAUUCUAGCAUACCUGUAUAGGAGUAUAUGCCAGGCGAUCAUGGGCAGCCAGGCGGGCAUAUGUGGUUUUCUGCCUCUUCUAAAGGUUUGGGCCUGGCAGCGGAUCCUGUCGUUGCAUCCACCUCUACCACUACUAGAGACGGGUGUAGCACCUUCGUCUCUCCCUCUAGCUACGAAGUGGGUUCUGCGGCGUGGGAACUACCGAGGGACUGAUGCUCAUCAUAAUCUCCCCCUUGUCAGGGAUGUGUUAGAUAUGUUGGUGGCUGGACAGUUCAUCUGGAUGUCAUACAGCGACGAGUUGCUAGCUCAACUACCCGAUUAUUGCUCAGUCGACCGACUACUUUGGAGCACUUCCGUCCUGAUGAUCUUCUUCAAUGUGGUUGAGCAUCAUGCCAUAGAGCGUGUGUUUCGCCAGUUUCACCGUCCCCAAACUAUACUGGGGGAGCCUGCAUGGCUGCCUACACAUUAUCAGUUGGAUAACCUUACCAGGGUGGACGAUGCAUCUGAGGCCACUAUUGAGCUGCAUACGUCAUGGUACCACUGUCACACCCGACUGAUGAUCAGGAACCCCAUUCAUGUACUUGGCGAUCGGUACAGACCAUACGCUGGGAGGCACGAGGCACUGGUUAUUGGUCAUCACAUGUUCUACCAGUUGGGACAGGAGAUGCAGCAGCAUGGCGAUAGUGCUGCAGUCAUUGAGUAUGCGAGAGAUGGCGCGAGGUUGGAUCACGAGGCUGAGUAUGCAGCGCCAGAGGAGUACCAUCAGGGUAGGGCUGUCCUACGAGGCAGGGGUAGGGCACGAAGCAGGGGUGCCCCACUAGGUCGCGGGGGAAGGCGAGGAGGUGGUCCCCAGCAAGGGGGCAUUGAGGCACCUGUCGACCCACCUGUUGAGGCAUAUGAUGAGGAUCUUGGAGAUGAGGAUCUUGGAGAUGAUCAGCCGGGUUAUUUCCCUCAGCUAGAUGAGCCUUCCAGUAGCAUGCUGUCAUACAACCUUCAGUUAUCUCUGCCAGCAUCGCGGGUCACCCCAUCAGAUACAUUGUUGAUCAUGGGUACAUUCGACGGGAAUGUAGACCAGUUCUUUUCAGGUUCUGUUACACCUCCUUUUUUCCUACACCCGCGUAAAGGGAUGUAUAUGGAGUUUUUCCAAUUAAAGUGA